AUGCGCCUCAACUAUCACGCGCUGUCCACUGGCGCUAUCAGCCUCUUGCUCCAGCUACAAGGCAGCCUUGCGACAGUAAAUGAAGGCUCCCGUCUUCCGCCCUUGCUGGAUGCGACACUUGAUGAACUUCGCACUGGCCUUGAUGCUGGCCGCUUCACCAGCGUGGAGCUGACCAAAGCAUACAUUGCCCGCAUCUACGAAGUCAAUGAGGACCUCCAUGUCGUCACCGAGAUCAACCCCGAUGCUCUGGAUAUUGCGGCAGAGCUGGACCGGGCACGGAAGUCGACCACAAAACCGCUCAGUCCACUGCAUGGGAUACCGAUUCUGGUCAAGAACAACAUAGGGACCGCAGACAAGAUGAACAAUACCGCCGGAUCGACAGCGCUGCUGGGAGCGAAGCUCAAGCAAGACAGCACCGUUGUCAAGAAGCUACGCGAAGCCGGGGCAAUUAUUCUGGGCAAGGCCAAUCUCUCGCAGUGGGCGGGUACCCGCAGCCUACAGGCUAGCAACGGCUGGUCUGCGCAUGGUGGCCAGACAAUCGGUGCUUAUCUUCCAGAGCAGGAUCCUGAUGGCUCAUCGUCCGGCAGCGCCGUGGCCUCGUCACUGGGACUGGCCUGGGCAUCGCUCGGAACCGAGACGUUGGGCUCAAUCUGCGAUCCUGCGCACGCCAACAACAUUGUGGGCAUCAAGCCGACGGUUGGACUGACGUCGAGGUUUCUCGUGAUUCCCAUCUCGGAGCAUCAGGAUAGUGUGGGACCCAUGGCCCGCACCGUCAAGGAUGCCGCAUACUUGCUUCAAGCCAUCGCCGGAUCGGAUGGCAGGGACAACUAUACAGAGGCGGCCCCCAAUACGCUGCCAGACUACGUCGGCGCCUGCGACGAGGGUGGGUUAAAGGGUAAGCGCUUGGGCUUACCCAAGGGCUACAAGAACCUGUAUCCUUACAUUUCGGCGGACGUGUCUUUUGAGGCAUUCGACUCUACCAUUAAACUAUUGCGCGAGGCUGGAGCCGAAGUGGUAGAGGACGUCGAAAUGCCUGGAAUGGAACUCAUGAAGCAGGCGGACAGAACAGGAAUUAUUAGCGGCGCAGACUUUUUGACGGAUCUGCCCAGGUAUCUGGCAGAGUUGGAGACGAACCCAAACAACAUCCACGACUUGUCCGACGUGCGCGCCUUUACAGACCAAUCAUCAGCUGAAUCGAGCGAGUUUGACUUGAUGCUAUUCAACAUGAUUCUGAAGCGCAACAUCAACAAUACGAUGCCAAUUUGGUGGGAGUACUACAGUGAACGGUUCUACCAAAGCAAUGACUUGGGCCUCAUAGGCGCUCUUCGCAACAACACUCUAGACGCCAUCAUUCUCCCCACUGCCAUUGCGACCAAAAUAGCAGUGCAGGGAGCUCCGGUGAUUUCUGUGCCUCUGGGCCACACCGGCCCGGACACCCCGUAUCAUCGCAACGAGGUGGACACGCUAAACGACAUGGGCCCGAAUCACCCGUUUGGGUUUGGAUUUGCGGGCGACUACUUUUCGGAGGAAACGUUGAUUGGGAUGGCGUAUGCGCUGGAGCAGCUCACGCAGGUGCGCAAGACGGUGAGGCCGUUCAUCCAGCCCAAGACGGAGCUCAGGGACGUGGUGGCACUCGAGAACGAGGAGCUGUAG